AUGUUUCUAAAAGGAGUGCUUUUUUUCUUAUUUAUUUCAAUUUGUCUAUCGAUUGAAGUUUGUGAAACGAAUAAUCGAUUGGAGAAAGUGAUCAAGCGAACGUUUCGGGGAAUCGAUUUGAAUAAAGAUGGAAGUGUGGAUCGAGAUGAGUAUCGGAAUUACCUGGUGAAAAGAUUUGGAGAGAAAAUGGCCGACCAAUCUGUAGAUGAAAUCUUGAAAAGAGCUGAUUAUGAUGGAGAUACAAAGCUGGCAAUGGAUGAAUACAUUCUCUACAUCGAAAGUGCUUUGGGGAGAGGAGAUAUUGUAGAUAAACUCAUCCACGCAUCGGCACAACUUGGACUUUUGGGGCAACAAUCCAGCGAACCUCAUCGA